UGUCUGUUUCCCUUAGUCUUGAUUCUCUGCUUUCUUGGUAUAGUGGCUUAGUCCCCCAUUAAUAGCUUUGGCAUUUACUCUCUUGGAUAGAAAGCAAAGCAAAGCACAGCACUUCUUGUGUUAUCUUAUUAUCUUCCCCACCGUGUGGCUAAGAACUGGUUCGUUGGUGUUUUUGGCAAGAACUUGUGAUCGGUUUGUGUCAUUUUCAGUGUCUAGGAUGACCUUAGAUCUGAGCAGUAGAGGGAGGAAGGUGAACAGUGAAAAUCUGCAGGAAAUCUUUUUUUGGCACCUCAAAAUUUAAAGUGAAGUUGCUUCGGAGUAAGCGUGUUUAGAGGAAAGCAUUGUAUAAUCAUCGGCACUGCAUUGUUUCGUUCAUCGGUGUUUUCCACAACUGAAAGUUGGAGCCUUGAGGUUAAAAAUUGCAGCACACAGAACUCAGAAGCAGGGCUUAUUGGGUGGAACUCCAUGCUCCAUUCCAUUAACCGUGUAACUUCUACUUGUCCAUGUACAGUGAAGAUGGUUCUGCUCGAGCUGUCCUAACCAGAAGGAAUGAUUUCUUUGCAGUUUGCAUAAGCUGAUAGAUUGAUAAAAGUGUUGCCUGCUACCAUUUUGCUAUGGGACAUUUGGGGAACUGCUGGUGAAGACAAAGAACCUUGAUUUUGCUUUUCCUUCUAUGUUUUCGUUGCUUGCAACUAACAUCUUAACUGUGACAAUGGGUGGUGAAAGCAGCUGAAGCCAUGGCGUCUGAUGUCCCAUCAAAGCAUGAAGUCUUCCCUCCUCACAGGGAUAGGAAAUCCAACUCAUUGGUCAGAAAGAGUCUAAAGCCACACCAGAACUCCAAGAAAGUGAACGAGAGUGUCAGGAAACCACGAUGGUCCGAUCGGAUUGGUUAUCCUGACGGAUCAAUGGUACAAAGUUGUCAGGGUCAACCAACCUUAAAGCAGGGUUACCCAGGGGAGAAGUAUGCGAAUGCCCAUGCUGUUCAGCUGAAAUCCUCUACAGAUCAACAGAGACAGCGUGCUAGCGGGGAGAUCGUUAAAGAAGAUGAGCUUGUCAAGCACAUGACCAAUUUGCCCGAUUAUCUCCAGCGUGUUGAAACCAGAGGAAACCUCCAGGGGAAAGCUCUGAACUUUGGAGUUCUGGACUGGAGUCGUCUACAGAAUUUCACUCGCAACUGUAAUACCAGAACUUGUAAUCAUCAAAGUGAGCAGUGGGCAUCUCUUUGUCCUAGCUCUAGUUAUUGCAAGAUAGAUGGGAUUUCUCGACGUGUCAAGCCAAGUGCUUGCAAAGUUGUGCUCUCUCAAGAUGUUGAAAGUGCUUCUAAGAGUAUGUUGGAUGGGCAUGAAAAGGUAAAUAGAACUUACAGAUCUUCGAGAAAAGAGUGCACAGACAUUGCAUUCCAGAAGGACAACAGAAACUCAUUGAAUCAGAUGAUUGUGUCGGAGUUAGGUGGUUCAUUGGACUUGCGUGGUAAGAGUAAGAGGAGAGUUUUUAGUGGCGAAGGAAAUAUUAGAGUGGGGAAAAUGGCUGAAUCAGGCACCGGAGGAAAUAAUAGAGAACAGAAAUGCAUGUCCGUGGCUGGAACUUCAUCAUCAAAGCUGAGUAUCGAUGCCGGACCAAUCAGUUUAAAGGAGAUGAUUACUGCUGAGAAUGACGAGAGCGAGAAAAAAGUUGAAAAGUCAUUAAAUAGAGAAACAUCCAACAGACGAUCUUCGUGGAAUAAAGCAACCUUAGCUCAAAUUUCUACCAGUAAACGUCCACAUAAUAGCUCAAUGGAUGCAUCCCAGAAAAGUGACACCAGAAAAUUGUUUGAUCACAGUUUGACGGGUGCAACUCAGAAUUAUUUCUCAGAUGUGUUAUUUUCCGAGGAGCUUCGCUCAAGAGAACCAUGCUCAGAAUUACCACACUCAUGUCCAAUGUCGUUGAAAGUUGAUUCCCAGAGAGAGACUGCUAGGAGUUGUUCAGAGCUCGAAUUUGACGAAUCUUCAACUUUCUCUGGCGGCAGCAGGUCAGGGUAUGACCUGUCUAGCAGUAAAAUUUAUAAUAUGAGAAAGCCAAAUGAUAGUGACAAGACUAGAAAUUCAAGCAGAAGGGAGGGUAUGGGAAGUCUGACUCAAGAAGCUGUUAACUCCGCAGGCAAGAAAAGUAGGCAUCCAUCACCCAGCCACCGGUUCAGCUUCAGUUUAGGUAGGAUAAGCAGAAGUUUCAGUUUCAGAGAAAGUGCUUCUGCUCCUCUCUGUAGCUCAGCAUCUGUGACUGAUAGAUCUGGUCCGAUGGCUCCAGAGGAUUUUCCUUGCGGUGGCAGUCUCACUAAAGAGAAGCCCGACGUUGCUAGCAAGGUUAGGUCUGGCAUUAGAAGAUUACUAGACCCACUUCUGAGGUCCAAGUCAUCAAUUUCAUACCAUCGCUCUGAAAGCAUUCGGCAACCAGAACAGAGCGUAGCUUCCCUGAGCUCGAGCCACGAAUAUUCCACUGAAUCACUUCAAAUCGGUAACCAUGAGGUAUCAACACUUGAAGCUCUUCUCCAAGUUAGUAUUGCUGACGGACUCCCCUUAUUCAAAUUUGUGGUUGGCAAGAAUGGCCACAUUGUUGCUGCUGCCACCAAAGAUGCGACACUAUCUGGAAAGAGCAAUUGUGCGAGAAAAUACACAAUCUAUUCUGUGGACGAAAUGAUAAAGAAGAGCAAUGGCUGGAUUGGACAAGGAAGUAAGACGAGAAGUGGCGGCCCUGUGCACAAUGUAGUUGGUCAGUUGACAUUUCGUGAUGCUUGUUCAGACAACGGCAAUGAGCCGACUGUUGAGAGAGAAUAUGUUUUAUCAGGACCCGGAUUGAGUCAAGCUGACAAAGAAUUACUGUAUCCACCAAUGAACAGGGAACUUGCCGCCAUCAUCUUCAAGAUUUCUAUGGACAUGCCUAGCAACUGCGAAGCACAGGCUACUAAUCAUAAAUUUUUAAGAGGGGAUUUGCAAGGAUCCAAACUUUCAAAUGAAGAUAAAAAUCAUCUAAUGGUUAUACUUCCAGGGGGAGAUCAUAGUAUGCCGAGUAACGGAGAACCUUCAUCGUUGAUCGAUAGAUGGAGAUCUGGUGGAUCAUGUGAUUGUGGAGGUUGGGAUGUCGGUUGCAAAUUGCGCAUUCUUUCUCCCCUAAAGGACUUCUAUGAAACAUCAAGUGUUUGCUCGAUGUCAGAUCACCUUGAACUUUUUGUUCAGGGAGAAGCUCAACAAGAGAAUGCCAUUUUCAGCUUGAAACUAUAUAGAACAGGAAUCUACCUGGUCAAAUUCAAUCGGUCAAUCUCGUCAUUACAAGCAUUUGCCACUUGCAUAGCUGUAAUAAGCUGCCAGAUGUCUUCCGAGCCCUCUGAUCGGCAUCAACUUUCCAAAUCUAGAACUUCACGGGGACAUUCAGUAAACGGAAAUGAUGUGAAUCUGCCAAACAUGACGCCGCAUUUUGAAGUUCCCCCAAAAUAUCCUCCUUUCUCACCACUCGAUAGAGUUUAAUUCAGGGGCAAGGGUGCUUUGAUUUUGCAGGCAGAUGGUUAAAAUCCUUGAUUACCAAGAGGAUUGGCGGCAAAGUCCUGGUAGAACCUGGAUAUUGCAAUGAACUGCAUGCCCUUCAAAGGGGUUAGUUCCACGGCAGAUGACUCAGGUCGUUAUGGGUCUUGUAUUGACUAGCUGCAGUACCAGAACAUAGAAAAUGAUGUUUGCAUUAUGAAAAACCUGAAAAGUUCGGUCCAAUCUCUUUCACUGGGGCAAACCAGGGGAAAUUAACAGUAUGCAAACUAUGUUUUCCUUGUACUGAGAUGUCGGCAUCUUAUUACCCUCAAGUUUGAAGAUGUGGAUGAACGAUAGUUACAAUACAAUAUUAAAACUAUCGUCACAAUUUUAUGAUUGCACACGAUUAAAGGUAGGAGGCAACCAUGAAAGUUAAGUCUAAUCUUA